AUGUCAUAUUGGAGAAAAACCCUUGGUGCUGAUUAUCAACUUCUAUUCCGAUUAAUCAAUGGUUUCAUAGUUGUUGCAUUUGCUUCUACUCUAAUCACAUUGGUUUCACUUCCACACAUGACAAUCAAAGACAUAAUCGUAUGCAUCCUCGCCUUCCUCCCUACUGGCUGGGGACUACUUCUGAUAUCACAAGCUUUGAGGCCAUUUUUCCAAAGAUCUGGACUGUGGUCAUCGAUUAGAACCCUAGCAAAAUACUAUGAGAUAAUCAUGGGGUUACUUUUAUUCACCCCGGUUGCAUUUCUUGCAUGGUUCCCAUUUGUGUCAGAAUUCCAAACACGUAUGAUUUUCAACCAAGCAUUCAACAGAGGUUUAGAGAUAUCUUGUAUUCUUGGUGGUGGACAGAAGAAAGACCAGUCUUCUAAUAACAAGGACUAA